AUGUUCCAAUGGCAGCCUAUCGAGGAGUUCGGCUCCAUCACGAGGCCGGCAGGAGCCGCCGUAAUCUAUACCAUUGUCACGCAGUAUCUCUCCUCCAACGCCGCGGAACUAUGGUCUGAGCUGCUUUGCUGGCUGCUACUGCCAUUCCUCUACCGAAGUGCUCGACAAAACCCAUACAGUCUUGGAGACAGAAAGACCUCGAAGAACAGCCUCCCGUCUCCUGUUCUUCGGCGUCCCAGUUUCGUGGUUGCCGCAGGCUCCGUAUCCCUCUGGGUAGUUGCUUUUGCUAUAGUUGUGGCCUCGGUGUACAGAGCAGAGUACAAGACUACCAUAGUCUUCCUGCCAAUUCUAUCCCCGCUCCUUUUUCUCGCUCGCAAAGGCUUUUCCGGAUCCGAUUCCACGAUAUCCGAUACUACGCCGUCAAUCCGUCCGAAAAUGCCAUACUCGCUUUAUGCAACGAUACCUGGAACGCUUUUGAUUGGAACUUUUGCGGCUUGCACACUAUGUAGCUGGGAUCUCAGGGCGUCUGCCUUCGCUGCUAUUCCAGCUAUUGCGAUGCUUACCGUCUAUGCGUCCUUUGAGCAUGCUAGCGCAGCAUGCCAUGUACAAUUUUUGCCGAGAGUAUCCUUUCAGGAAUCGGUCACUGCAUUGGCUCCUCGGGUCGUGAUCUUGGUCAUUGCGUGCGUGACACUUGACGCCAGUGUUUUCGAUUUCACGACGAUCCAUGUUUCGGCCACAGUAUUCUUGGGCAUUUCUAAGGCGUUGGCAUGGUAUUAUACGGCAAGAACUGCCGAACGCGCUUCUUGGCGCAUUGCACCAGCGAUAGAGGUAUUCGGAAUCGCGGCAACUCUUGACCCCUUUGCGCAAGCCUCAGAGUUCCAAGCAAUCUCACAUGUAGUGGUGUCGAUACUGGCACUAGGUAACAUGAUACACCUGAUACCCAAGCCGGCGAAGAGAGUUCCAACACUAUGGGCGUUGGUUUUCGCUUCUCUCGGCCCCUACAUCAUCAAUCUCUAUGUCGCCAGCAACGCACUUUCUACAGCUCACACAUUUGAUGGCCACUCUGAGAAACAUCCUGUGGAGAUUCUCAGCCAAGAAGGAGACAUUAAAUUCCAACACUUGCUGAGAACGCAAUCGACAAACUACACGGCAGCCCAUGCCGAUUACGUUCGUCGAUAUAAGGCGGAACCACCCCCGGGCUUUGAAACGUGGUUUGACUUUGCAAUAGCGAAUCAGUCUCCCAUUAUCGACAAUUUUGAUUUGAUAUUUGACGCUGUAUCACCUUUCCUGAAAAUGAGCGGCAAAGAAGUCAGCCAAGUAAUGCGCUCGGCUUAUGAAACCACGGAAAGUGAUCUUUGGUUUUGCUCCUAUUCGUCAGCACGAGCUACAACCCAUUGCAAGCACGCAUAUCGUACUUUCGACAGAAAUAUUGCAGCUUCAUUCAAUAAGUUGUUGAAGGGAAUAGAUCUCAGCAAGGUCCCAGAUUUGAAUUUUCUUGUAAAUCACCUUGACGAGCCGCGAAUUCUCCUCCCCUCCCAGGCGGCAAGAAAUGUGGGUGGCCGGUCUUCGUUCGUCAAUGGACGCUUUAACUUAAAGAACAUGUCGGGACGACCGGUCGGCAAAGAAAUCACAAAAUACUGCUCAGAUCAUGGUAGUCUUGCACUAAAACACACCAGGAACACACACGAGACGAACAACUCGACCGUCGAAACCAUUGGUUUCGUGUCAGACCCGUCCAUGGCUGCUGAUCUGUGCCAGAAUCCCCAACACGUCUCCUUACACGGUCUCAUUGCAAGACAAAAGUCGUUCCGUUUGAUUGAAGGACUGGUGCCUGUCCUAUCAACUGGGGCUCUCUCCUCGAUGGGAGAUAUUGUGUACCCGAGCCCGGCAUAUUUGGAGGACGAAUUCCAGUAUGCCGAAGAUCAAGAUAUCGAGUGGGACAAGAAACGAAAUAACGUCUUUUGGGCUGGGUCUAACACGGGUGGUUUUGCUGCAGAUGGCCGUUGGAAGGAUUACCACCGCCAAAGAUUCGUGGCCUUGGCACAGAACCUGCAACAGCCCGAGAAACAGCACCACUCCUACCUGAAACUGGUCAACGGCGUGGUUGAGUGUGUGACCUCAAAAUUUUUGAACAGUAGACUGUACGACGUCAAGUUCACGAGGUUGUUCCAGUGCCGGAGGACACAAUGCAGAGACCAACACUCGUACUUCAAUGUGAGGUCUUGGGUCGACAAGAACGAAGCGCUCCGCUCACGGCUCGUCUUCGAUCUUGACGGGAACGGUAUCAGCGGGCGCUAUCAAAAGCUCUUAGCAUCAAACUCCAUGCCACUGAAGCAGACUCUUCUCCGGGAGUGGCAUGACGAACGUCUCGUGCCUUGGACACACUAUGUGCCGGUUAGUCUGGGCAUGGAAGAGUUACCUGAGCUUAUUGCAUACUUCACCACGACGGAUAGCGGCCAGGAACGAGCCAGGACCAUUGCAAUGCAGGGGAGAGAAUGGCAUUCCAGAUCCUUGCGUGAGGUGGACUUUGCGAUUUACAAUUACAGGCUUUUAUUAGAAUUAGCGCGGCUACAAGAUCCUAAGCGAAAGGAACAUUGA